CGUGUUAGUGCGCUGAGCUUCAUCCGAAUCAAUAGGCUAUAAGAAGACUGUAGCAUUUUAUCCAGGAUAUGGACAAUUCCAUGAAAUCAUCGAAUAAGUAAACGAUAGCCACUAAAGAUAGAGCUACACGGUCGUUUGAGAUAUUUUCGUAAGAUCGUUUUCUCCUUGAUAUAUUUUAUCUCCUCAAUAUCAUUGCAAUGGUGACGCGUUCGUGUCAUGUGAUCAGGGGUAGUAUAAAACGCAAGGAAAGAUCCGCCCUCUUUGGAAUCCUGGUUUGGCCUUUAGGAGGGUCUACUCCGAUACUCCCCCGGUAGAAUAAGCGUGUGGAUGUUGGGAUCUAGGCGACCUCAUCAUUCAGAGCCGAAAUUAAUCCAUUGAAAGCCUAUGGCACCAGUGACACACUGGCACGUCCCCUCUGCCUCUCGCGCAUCUGCUCAACGCGUCUUAUGAGUUCUCUCAUGAGCGCAGGUACCACGCAGGCUCAACACACCCAGCGCUUCUCCGCCGUAGCCCAUCAGGGAGCGAGAGAGCCAUGACUUUGAGCUCCGAGAUGUCGGAUGCGUCUGUGCUCUCAGAGGAGACCGACAUCGACGUGGUUGGUGAGGGAGAUGAUGGUGACGGGCACACGCGCUCCUACGUGGACGAAGUUGCUCAGAUGCACGACGAGAUUCUGCUCAGUGGUUCCCCACCCUGCGUGGAUGGCACCACCGCACGGGACCAGUACAAGCCAGCGACUAAAAACACCCUGGUGAAACCCCCAUACUCCUACAUCGCACUCAUCACCAUGGCAAUCCUCCAAAGUCCCAAGAAGCGUCUGACACUCAGCGAGAUCUGUGACUUCAUCAGUAACAGAUUUCCAUACUAUCGGGAAAAGUUCCCAGCGUGGCAAAAUUCGAUCCGCCACAACUUAUCAUUAAAUGACUGUUUCGUCAAGAUACCACGGGAGCCCGGGAACCCUGGGAAAGGCAACUACUGGACACUGGACCCAGAGUCAGCAGACAUGUUUGAUAACGGGAGCUUUCUGCGGCGCCGGAAACGCUUUAAACGCCAGCAGGCACCUGAACUUCUCCGCGAUCACGGUGGCUUUCUCCCCGCGGCCGCUGCGUACGGCUACGGACCUUACGGUUGCGGAUACGGUCUACAGCUUCAGUCCUAUCACGCACAUUCUGCGAUUCUUGCCUUUCAGCAGCAACAGCAGCCGCCGCCCGCGUCCCGGCAUCAUCAUAGCGGAACUCUCAUCCCCGCGCCUUCUCUCAUGCCAACCACUACGGAGCUCACCCGUUCCCGAUUCUAUCCUCCUCUAAGUCCCGGCCUUACGUCCCCUAUACAGACAGCGGCUAAGUCCCCGGCUCACCGUUCACCCUUUUCCAUAGACAGCAUAAUUGGGAGCUCUUUAAGCCCCGCGCAAUCGCACUGUGGCUCACGGACUUCCCCGGUGGUGCCGAUGCUGCCGCCGGCCAUCGUGUCUCAGCACUCACCAAAUCCACCACAUCCACUACCGGGAAUCUUGCACGGACCAACGUCUUUACACGAAACCUACGCAAAUCGGAUUGUCAGUGGCACAAGUGGCUGUUAAUUUCUUAUCUGAACUUCAAUUUUUUUAAAGCGAUACACUCCUAUGUUUAAGGUAGGCUUAUUUUUGUAUUGAUUUGUUUCUUUGUUAAAAGCAGCUGAAUGUUGGACAAUAACACUUUCGUGCCUAUAUUCCAGCUGUACAAUAAGAAAUAUAUAUUUAUGUUAACAUUAUUAGUUAAAUCUAAUUUCUACCCCCACGAACUUUUCGUUGUCAAUGUGGUAACAUUGUGGUAAUCACUGCACAGAGCGUCUCAGGACAACAUGUUUGAACAGGCUAUCCAAUAAAUUGUUUAAUGUCUAAAAACGAUAUAUUAUGUUUUCUAGUUUGGCAAUUUUUAAUUUGUACUUUGUAAUGACAAUUCAGGAGGAUUAAAAUCGAGCUUUUUCUACAACGUGUACUUCUCAGUAGCCUAAUAAACAAUGUACAUUCUUUGAUAUUGUAUACUCGGAGUGUGAUAUUUUUUACACGGUCUGUUUUUCAUUAAUAAUAAAUAUUGUUUUACAAAGCAA